CGCCAAAUGUAUUAGCAAAACAAAGAUACAUAAUGUAUGAAAUGUGAUAAACAAGGUUGAAAUGUAAAUUUCAUUAUUUCAUUACCUGGCAAAGAAAAGAAAAUAAAAGUGAUCGCUCUCAACACAUUUUUCACUGAAAAUCAUUUAACCGCGUUCGUGGUCAUAAGGAAUCGAAUGAUUUGGGACUGAUAAUCGUAUUCACAAUUAUUUGAGAUUACUAUUAUGUUACCAAUCUUAAUUUCAUUCUGGAUCCUUUAUGUACAGUUGUGUCUAUGUUUUUCCGAAGCUGGUCAUAAUAAUAAUACGACAUACAAUGUGGUUGACUGUGGUGGUUCAAUGCAUCAUCAAAACUGGAAGCGUCAUGUUAUGAUGGACUCGAAUGGCUUAUAUUGGCUUCAAUGGUGGAUAAAUCUAAACGAGAAAAUUAUUAACUUUGAAGUUAAGGUUAACACGAAAGGUUUUAUUGGACUCGGGUUCUCAAAAGAUGGUCGUAUGUCAGAAGCGGACAUUGUGCUGUUAUGGGUUGAUGACCGAACUGGCCAAGCAAAUGCGUUAGACUGUCACGGAUCGAUUGAUUCUUCAAACGGGGCGCCAAUACAAGAUGAUACCCAAAACUACCACGUUAUCUUUGGUCAUCAAAAUGAUUCUCACACCCUAGUUCAAUUCACUCGAAAAAUAGACACAUGCGAUCCGUAUGAUAUGCCAUUAACCGGGGAUACUUUUAAAGUUAUUUGGUCUUUUGGUGACACUGACCCGGUUUAUGGCAGCUUAAAAGGACAUGGUCGGAAUCGAGGCGAAAAAUCAUUGCAUUUACUUUCUCCUAUGUUCCAAAAACAUAGCGGAGAAACAGACUCAUUGGACAGCAAAUGGGACGUAACAGUAAAUAAUGUAACGAUCGAACCAUCAAUGGACACUCUAUACUGGUGUAAAAUUGUUCGCCUCCCCAAGCUAACCAAAAAACAUCAUAUAAUUGGUUAUGAAGCCCUCUUGUCUCGUUCUGGGGAAAAGCAAACAAAUAUUGUUCAUCAGAUGACCCUAUUUGAAUGUCAAACUAAUUUUUAUCCAGGAUCGGAUCCAGCUUCGUGGGACGUUUGGGUGAAAAGUUCUGGUACAGUGUGCAACAGUAAUCUAUUGACCCCACGCGAUUGGGAUUCUUGCUCGAUGGCAGUUGCAGUUUGGUCUUCUGGGUCCAUGGGACAGUUUUUACCUUCUCAUGUCGGCAUACCAAUGGGUGGCUCAAUGGGUGUAAAGUAUUACAUGCUAGAAAUUCAUUAUGACAAUCCUAAUGGAAAAAAAUUCGUAGAUCAUUCCGGGUUCCGUUUACAUUACACGCACAAUCUGCGUCCUUACGAUGCGGGUAUAAUGAUCAGUGGCAUUUCUAUAUCCGACACUCAACUCAUUCCACCUGGCCAGAAAUUGUUUCGCAGUGUUGGAAUCUGUGGACCUUCAUGUUCGAGCGUGAUUUUUCCUCAGAAUGGCAUUAAAAUUAUAUCUGGAAUGAUUCAUUCUCAUCAAGCCGGUCGGAAAAUGAGUCUUCGUCAUGUUAGGAAUGGCAAAGAAUUAAGCCGCAUUAUUGAGGAUGAUAACUUCGAUUACAGAUAUCAGCAAUUUCAUCAACUUGCAAAUGAAACUGUCGUAUUGCCUGGAGAUUACAUUAUUACGGACUGUGCUUAUGAGACAAUCGAGCGGAAACGCCCCACCUUCGGAGGAUACUCCACCAAACAAGAAAUGUGUCUUUCUUUUAUUACUUACUAUCCGAAAAUUGAGUUGGCUGGUUGUUAUAGUAUGACGCCAGUUCGAGAAUUUUUUGAAAUGUUUGGUGUUUCCCAGUUCUAUUCUCUAAACAUGACGGAUGUUGAAAAUUUAUUUCUUUACAACGGUAAUCUCUUAGAUUAUAUUCCCAAAAGAGCAUCCCCUAGAACCAGGGAAAAUCACCUAAACAUGACCGUCGAGGAUCUACUGUACGAAGAGUCUUUGUUGAACAAACUGGUUAUAUCUGAACCUGUGGAGUUUCAUGAUCGCACAUUUCUGUCCCAUUUAAUUCAAUUACCAUGGUCUGAGCCACUUUUUACUAAACGCGUCGAACAUGAACUUAUAAAUGGCAAACAUAUGACCUUUUGUCGUAUUUCUAACGAUUCCAUAUCAAUUCCAUCGGAGAUUAUACGUUUUCCCAACUUUACCACAUUUGUUAAGCCAGCUAGUACUUGUCUUAAUCACCUAUUUAUUAAUAGCGCUGAACUAAGUUCCAACGGCUCGAGACUGCUUUCCGAUCUGGCGUUAAGCCUCAUCUUUGUAGGAAUGGGCUUACCACUUUUAUUUUAUCACAUCUAAGAAAAGUUAUUGUAUACCUUUGCAGAAUAAGGUUUCAAAAUGAUUAUUUUUUUCUGUGGAGAGGGAAGCAGAGGGUUUUAUGAGAAUUCGAAGUGUAAUGGGGCGAACCCUAUUUGCGUAACUAUUCCCGCCGUAGAUACAUUUUUUAUUUUAUAUAUUUAAAUAUAUUUAUUUAUCCAUAGAAUUUAAAGAACGCCAUACAUAAGUCAAAUAUUUAUUUAAACG